AUCCUGCAACGAAUUUUUAAUUAAUAAAUUCUAUAUUUUAAAAAUGUUUAAAAAAUAUAUAUAAUUUUUAUUUUAUAUAAUAAUUUUGAUUAAUGAAACGAAUAUAUGUAAACGAAUCUAAUGUAAAAUUGAAAAAGGAAAAAGAAUUUGGUGUCUAAUAGUUCAUCAACGAUUCCGGUGGUUUGCUUAGUUCCAUUAGUUUUCCCGCGAUUUUCGUAGCUAGCAUCAUGGACGCGUCCCUCGUGCAUUUUUUAAGAGUGUGAACUGUGAGUGGAAAUACAUAAUUAUUAAAACAUGAACACGUGAGAUACCUUUGGAAAUUAAACACUUAAUAAAAGCAAUUGUAUUGACGGCUAGAUUUUAAGUAAAUAAAGGCUUUGAGUGCAUUUAUCGAAUCAAAGGCUUUGAUCUUGUGUCUAAAAUACUGUAAUCACCAAUGAUACAUCGGAAAAAAAUUCAAUGUGACUAUGUCGUUUCUAUUGAAUAGAAUUCGAUUCUAUGAUAGAUGAUAUCGUAAAUCAGUGAAUAAAUGAAGAAUGACAUAAAUCGUGUGGACUGAUCGCGAGUGAAUAUCGUAAAUGUUACCAAUGCGAACCAAUAUUCAAUGUAAUUGAAGUGACGUAAUGUACGUUUAACAUAACCUAUAUAUCAACACCGUAACUGAACGUUGUCUUUAAACAAGAUACGUGCAAUCGAUGAUACAAAGGUAUAAUCAUCGAAUCGGAAUUUAAUAAAAUAUUCUUAAAUUUCGCGAUAAGUGUUCAAAAUGUUUGAUUCAUUAGGACCGACUGGGUCUUUGAUCAGACGAGACAAUCCCAGCAACUUGAAACCAAUUAAGAGUUUGAAAUCACUUUCCUGAGCGAAUCUACUAAUUAAAGCGGGUCAUUUAGUAUUCUACUAUAAAAUCGGUUAAUGUCGCCUUGCUGGAAAGAUCGAAAUAGUUACGUUUAUACGUUUGAGUGGUGUUUGCGUUCGGAUAUACGGCUACAGAUCGAGGGAACAGCCAGGAAUCGACGAGUCGUUUUUUUCACGACUGACGUUUACUUGGCACAAGAAUAUUCGUCGAAAGAGGGAAUGAAGGGCCAUCCAGACAGCACGUAGGGACUGGCCCUUCUCGUUUUCGGAGAUGUGGCGCUAUCUACAAUACACUAUCUUCGGGCUUACCGUCGUCCUGCUGACGAUUCAUGAGAUAGUCUUCGUGCAAGCUGGUGAACAAGAGAGGGUGGCAUGGUACGAGGGUGCGACACGCGCGAUCGAAGGGCGUAUUCGCGCGUCGGCGGCGACUUGGAGCGCGCCAGCGGCGGGCGGCGUGGCGAGGGGCGUCGUUCUCUUCGUCGGCGACGGAAUGGGGAUGAGCACUCUCACGGCAGCGAGGAUCCUCUCGGGUCAACGUCGUGGGAACACGGGCGAGGAAGCGCAACUCGCGUGGGACAGCUUUCCAGCCGUGGCACUGGCAAGGACUUACAACAUGGAUGCCCAAGUCGGAGAGUCGUCAGCAUGCGCGACGGCAUUACUCUGCGGGGUUAAAGCCAAUUACGAGACUGUUGGCCUGGACUCCUCUGCACGCUUCGAGAACUGCUAUUCCAGUUUUGAUGCCCGUGUACCGUCCCUUAUCAAUUGGGCGCAGGAGCAGGGCAAAUCGACGGGAUUGGUCACGACGACGAGGGUGACGCACGCGACACCGGCCGCCCUUUACGCCCACGCAGCCAGCCGUUACUGGGAGGACGACGGCAAAGUGCCACCUGCUGCACGAACAUCGUGCAAGGACAUCGCGCGUCAGCUGCUCGAGGAUGAGCCAGGCCGUAACAUCAACGUGAUACUCGGCGGAGGUAGACGUCAUUUCGUGCCGAAAGUGACCCAGGAUCCGGAAGAGCCGGAUAAGGAAGGAAGACGAUUGGACGGAAGGAACCUGAUCGAAGAAUGGUCGAGGAACCAUCGGUUGCGGAACGUGGCCGCGAAAUACGUGGCUAACAAGGAGCAGUUCGAGAGCGUCGAUCCACGAAAAGUGAACCAUCUGUUGGGGUUGUUCUCCUAUUCCCAUAUGGACUUCGACGUUGAUCGAAACACGAACGGAAGCGGUGACCCGUCACUGGCCGAAAUGACGAUAAAGGCGCUUCGUAUACUGGCCAAAAAUCCCGAAGGAUAUUUCCUUUUCGUGGAAGGUGGCAGAAUCGAUCACGCGCAUCACUAUAACAAUGCUUAUCGAGCGUUGGACGAAACAUUGGCUCUGGAGGAAGCUGUGAGGGCGGUGAUGAAGGAAGUGGACUUGUCAGAGACGCUUCUCGUCGUGACGGCGGAUCACUCGCAUGUACUCACGCUUGGUGGUUUAGCAACGCAUCGUGGGAAUCCUAUAUUUGGUUCCGACAGCAAGAUGUCCGAUGUUGAUGGACAACCGUAUACAACGUUAUUGUACAGCAACGGACCCGGAUACACGCAGCCAAGGAAUAUUUUACGAGAGGCUGGCAAGGAUUCCAUUCAGACCGCGGGAGUUCCCCGUGCAUGGGCGACGCACGGCGGCGAGGACGUGCCAGUGUUCGCGAUCGGCCCCCUGGCCAGCGUCUUGUUCUCCGGUAGCAUCGACCAGAGCUACAUACCUCAUGCGAUCUCGUACGCCUCCUGCCUGGGCCACCACGCGAGCCGUUGCUCCCGGGACCCGACAUCGAGCAACGACACGAUCAGCGUCCCGAUAAGCUGUCCCUCGGCGGAGCCGAACAGCGCCGCGAUAUCCAGCGACGUGAUGAACGACCAGGCCAGAAAUCCACCCACCAAAUCCGCCGCGUCUCUCCUCGCGCCGCCCGCUCUCCUCCUUGUCCUCGCUCUUCUACCCUCCCCCUCGCUCCAGGGGACGAGUUAAUGCCCGUCGGAUCCUCUUCCGGUCAAUAGUUCCAACCUACAUUCCUCCCCCCCUUUAAUCCGCUCGGAGGACGAGACAACAGGUGAUCCAACGACUUCGUUAUUCGGGAUUAACAGGGUAUCGACGAGGGAGAUUCCAGGGAACGUGGCUCGGAAUCGAGUCAUCCGGACGAGGGCUAAUAAACCGAGGCUCCGCUAAUUCUUCGCCCUUGGAAGAGGGAAACGGUGUACAAAACGGGGCUUCCCGCCAGAGGAUAUACCAAGAAAUUCGAAUGAUCCGCAACCGCGUGAAUAAUUGAUCGCCUCCUCCGAUAUAUCCGGCGCCUCCUUCUCUCCUCCUCGAUCCAGAGCAUUCUCCCCUGUUUCGUAAAAUCCGGGGAUAUACACGUACGGAUGUACGAUUAAUGCACGACAAGGGGGAGGUGUCUCUUAUCGAGGCGUCGCCUUGGAUCAAUCCUUUAUUCACGGUGCAGAAACGGGUAGAGAGAGAGAGAGAGAUGGGUAUCGGAUGCUGGGACGAAGGAUGGAAAGAUCGAAGCGAAGUAAUUUGCCAGUGGAGCGAGGCAUGUCGAAAAAGUUCUUUCUCGGAAUCUAUGGAGUCCAUCCACUUGGACCGAGAGAGAGAGAGAGAGAGAGAGUUAAUGACGGUUCUUGCCUAAUUUCGCGAAGAAUUUUAGGCGCAAGAGGGUGGAAAGCGGUUGACGAGGGACAAUUUGCGACGAUAAUGACUAUCCCAAGGCGGCUCGGUGAACUUUUACCGACUUUCAAAGCUUUGGCAGAAUCUAAAUGGGGUUUACAAGUGCUACGUGACGAGGAUACUUGAUCCGGGACCCACCAACGAUUAUCCGAUAGACUCGGCUCGAUUCGAGGGAGGAAGAGAGAGAGAAUCGUGCAAGCGUUUCUCCUCCUUCGAAUAUUUGUAAAAAUUUGUAGUUUCGUUGUCGUUUACUCGGGUAAGUUUGAAAUAUGGAAAGGGAUCUUUUCGAAGAUUGGUGAAAUUAUGGCGAUCGUUCCUUCGAACAUCGAACUUACCACGAUUUUAAUUUGAACAACGAUGAAGAUGAAUAGAAUGGGUUGGAAAACGGAUUUGUUUCCAUAGGGAAAUAAAUUCUUCCCUUAGUUUUCCAUUAUUCCUCCUUUUCCUUUUUUUGUUUUCUAAUUUCAAUUCGUCCCAUCGAAUAUCCGCCUCUAUUUACGUUCUCGUGGCGAUUUGCUCGAGAACGAGUCGAUUGUAAAUUUGUAUGAUAAAAAUAAAAGUAUUUGAUCGGCAACGAUAUCCACGCGAUGUGCAAUUCCAUCGAAUAUAUCGCCUAUCGAGAUUGUUGUUGUAUUACGACUUGUAAGCCCGUUUCCAUUUCAUCGAAACUCGAGCAACGUUUCAACAUUCUUGAUUAACCGGUUCCGUUUGACUUUUCGAAAUAAAUUUCGACCGCGAAUUAGCGUAUUAUAUUAAGGGAUGAGUUACGGUGGAAUAGGAUAAAAUGCAAAUAACGUCAGAAGCGUUAUACGACCAUUUCCAUUAGUACUCGAAGGGAAAUUUUGAGAUUCGAAAACGAGCGAGAACCGGGGCAGGGCUCUUAAGAAAAAUCAGCGUUUAAUUCAAAUUUAUGAUAAUUGGGCCCGCGAUAUCGAGUUUAAUAGCGAUCCCUCGACCCCUAGGAAUUUUCAAGGAAACAUCUGGAUUUCCUUUUAUUUUUUUCUAUUCUCGAGAAGGAUGGGGAAUGUCGAUCAAGGUAGUGAUUAGAAGGAUCGCGAUAAAAGUGGGGAUCAAGGGAGUCCGGGUAAAGAUUCCCGAUCGAUCAGAGGUGACACAAACGACCUUUUUACGAGCGAACGAAAUCAGAUUCACUUUGAUCCUGGAUUACUAUCCGCAUUGAAAAGGAGAUUCUCGAGGCGUUCGAGGAGCAUCUUGAUUUCGAGAUCGAGCCUUUUUAAAACUGCCUUUGCCGAUAACUCGCGCUUAUUCUCUCUUUAAUAAGCUAUCGUUUAAGCUGUGAAAUUAAAAAAAAAAAAAAAAAGAAAAAAAACUAGUUACAUUUGUAACUCGUUUCUCAACAGAGAAUCGUUCACGAUACGUGAGAAGAAAAUUUACACCCGGAUACAAUGUAUCCACUACGUGCGUUAUUUCGAAAUAAAAUAGAUGGAAUGGGGAAAUUUUUCGAAAUACCAUCAUCGUAUUUCUGCCUUACGGAAUCGUCCCGUUGAAAAUUUUAAAGCGUGCAAGGCGGGGAAUUUGAUAUCGUUUUCGCACGUGCUCAUCGGAAACGUUCCAAUUUCAGCCACGUUGCCAAUUCGUACUGCCAAUAUCGUACUGCCAAUUCGUCGAUUUCCCGUAUUCGAAAAAAUUUAAUUUUCCAAGAAAUUAAAUUGGUCGCAGUUUCCGGUUUAUAAAUGUAAAUAAAACGUAUCGCUAUAUCGAUUUAGUAAUGGAAUAGUAGCCUGUCGAGGAUCAAUUCGCGAGAAAUAUAUAUUUAUAUAUAUUUAUUGUUACUUUUUAGCCUUCCACCGUUACUGCCGUUUUAACAGGAUCUUUAUAAAUUGCACGAAGAUUAUUUUCCCUCGUGCACGUUUCACGAGUAUCGCGACGAGAAGAGCAUUGCUCACGGAACUAAUCAAUUUUCGAUUAGCAAACACUGGGAUCGGAGUAAAAAGUUGAUUCGAUAUUUCUUGUUGCUCCGUGUACAACGUAUUUUUCUGUACACAGCAUGGUCUGAAAACGGAACGAGAUAAUCGAUGCUACGAUUUUCUCACGGAUUAUCUCUCUUGCAAAUGCGAUCGUUAUGAUCGCUCGUUACUCGAGAUUAAAAUGGAUAUAAUCGGAAUUUCUUGUUGUCGAAUUUAAUUUCUUUUUAACGUACAUUUUUCUUUUUUCGAACGACAUAUCAAAACGAGAUUUGGAAUAAAGUUUGGGAAGUGAAACAUCAAUCUACCGUAAAAUUGUUCUUUCUUCUUGGAUCGUUGCCGUGAAGCGGAGUUAAAUUUGUCCGAGGAAAAAAGCGCGACAGACUUUGCACAAACGUCAAAUGGCAAGAUUUAUGCGCAGCUGCAAGGGAAGACAAUGAUCAAACAAUAGACAGGGCAAAACAAACUUAGUCGUAAAGUUUUAAGAAAGAUUUCACUUCGAGUUAACAAUCGAGGAGGGGAAAAAAAAAGGAAAAGAAAAGAGACAUUGGUCGAGGUUAACUAUAGAGUUUGAAAAACGAUCGUUUCAGCUUUUUACCGAACUUUAAAAGAAGGAAAAUUCCGUGAAUCAUCGUUUCCUUUGAUAUUCUUUUAAAAAUCGCUCCUUUUUACGUUUCUAAUCGUCUUUUUUCCUUUCGUUUACAGUAAAUAUAAUUGAUAUUUUAAUCAACGAACCAUCCAAAUUCAUUUUUAUGAUAAGUCGAAAAGUUUCUUAUUUAACGAUCGGAUAAAAAAAGUUAAAGGAAAAGAUAUAAAGGCGUUCAAUUUUUUCUUUUCUAAAUUUGAAUAUUUUUGCAAAUGAUCAUUUAUAUAGAUUUUUAAUGCGAAUCUCAUGAUAAAUUACAUGCACGAAUUUAUAUUUCGUUCCUGAAAAAGAAUAUUGGACGAAGGCGAUACUUACGUACGUAAAGUAAAAUUCAAAAAUGUAAAAGUAAAAUGGAUAAUGCAGGAUUUUUCCAGGGAUGAAAUAAGCUUCAGCUUUGAACUGUAAAUCCUCGAUUGCUUUCUCCCCUUUCUCUAGAAUUUUCAUUAUUAUAUUCGCGUAUUACCACGAGAAAACGAAGAUGAAAGUAACGUCAAAGUUAGAUACGAGAGAUGCAGAUCUAACGUUGUAUCGAUCGUUGAAAAGUUAAUAAUCAACUUUCAGUUAUUGAUAAAAUUUAUUGGUUUAUUGGUUUCACAAUUAUAAAAUUAAAAAGCCAAAUAUUACCAAUAAUCCAUUCGAAUAUGGGAUGAAUUUACGUAAUCCAUCGAACGCAUUCCCAAAUUAUUUACUUGAAUACCAGCACAGGAAAUUUAUAUAACUUUGUCGAACAAUAAUCAAAAAACAAUUAUAGUAAAAUUAUUUUUACGAAUCGAGUCAACUAGAGCAACCAGUUCCCGUUUGCGUAAAAUAGUUCAAGAAUCGUUUCGAAAAAGCAUCGUUUUAAUAAUUUUUUCGAAAGUAUUUCGAUUUCUAGUGAAAUAUAAAAGUCGGAAUUAACUGAUGAGAUUGAAGACGGCCUAUAUCUCGACGGAAAGAUAGCAAAUGCCUUAUCGAUGUAUCGAGUCAAAGAUCAUCUGUAAAAGGAUAAAGGGAUAAUAAUUUCAGGGAAGAAAAAUCUUCAAGACGAUUUGCGUGAGAAAAGAAUAUACCUCGAUGGUUAUUGAAACGGAAUAACGGAGAAAAUUUUUUUUGAUACUUUGUCUCUUGGACUUUUUCUUUAUCUUUUUAUUCUUUUUAUUUUUUUUCUUUUGACGCGUCUGGUUUGCACAGUUCGUUUAGCAGCUUUUCUAUAAACAUCUUGGACAGUUUCUUUGGGGAUAUCUUCUUUCAUGAGCUUCUUUCUCUUCCUUUUUUUGGCUUUUUUGAUAGAGAUUCAAUGUCUGCUUCUAAAUUAUUAGCCACGUUAAUUAAAGAUCAAACAUGAAAAAGCCGUGUUUAUUAACUUCCUCCGGAGAUUAACUCCUGAAUUGGGAUACCGAAAGAUAAAUAAUUUUCACAUUUCACGAAGAAUCGAAAAAUUCAUAAAAAAAUUUAACGGAACAGCGAUAUAAAGAAUUUUUUCGAAAUUUCAUCGAGAGAAAAGGUAUUACGUGCCUCCCCUGUCUUUAAAAGCAAUCACGCGGAACCAAUAUCUUGAAACCGAGGAAAAAUGGUAAAAAAAUUCGAACGAUAGGGAUCCACGCAAUUUGUCGAACGAUCCUUGUACACCCGAUAAAAGCGUAUCUUUCACCGCGUAAAUGAACCAAUCUGGGUGGGUCAACGAAAUAUCCCAUUUCUCCAGCCAAGAAGAUACGCGGGAUGCAGAUACGUCCCAACUUCUUUCCGUUACGAUCCAUGUUUUACGCUUCCAUAUUUCCAGCUGAUCGUCCAUUCCGAUGGAGAAAAGAUUUUCGAGGGCCAAUAAAACCAGGGCGAUAAACGUUGUAUUCAUUCGCGUUCCCGCGUUGGAGGACGCGACGUAAAUAGCGGUGUAAACAAUUUUUGCGAUUCACGUCGAAGAACUGUCGUGUCGUCGAGGACGCAACCCUUAACAAGAUGUUCCAAACUGAACCAACUCGUAACUUUGACGAUUCGAAAUUUAAUCGGAACGACGAUAUAAAAGACAAUUUAUACCUUCCCUGAUCCCUUCCCCUCCGAUAUCAAUCUUUUCAAAAACACCCGCACGCUUUUCACAUCCUCCAAGAUGCCCUCGAUUCGAGUUAAAACCCCAGCUCGAACCUUCCCCUUUCCUCGUAUAUCGUAUAUCGAUAACAAUUCCACCCAGGCCCGAACCAAUCGCUCCGCCCGAACGCGGAUCGGCCCGACUCGAGGAUUAAUCCGAGGUGGAAUAGGGAAAAACUGGAGCGGCUCCUCUCCACGCUAGAUUUCGAGACGACGAAAUCGAGCGAGCCGAGCCGCUCGUGAUUGAAUCGUGCGAGACAGAUAUAUCGUGACCCUCCUCUCUCUGUCCUCUUCUCCCUUUAUCUCGGAUAAAGGUUUGUCGUUCUUCUCGGUUAAAAAUCCGAGAAGAAAAAAAUUAAUUUCAAAUCGCGCGAGAAUCGACGAGCCGCGAUUUGCAUUUUGGCCGAAAGAUGCGACGAAUUGAUCGAGAAUAUCGAUACGAGAGAAAGAGAGAGAGGAGGGAUUAAAGAGCAGUUGGAAGACAGAAAAAGACGGACGCGCAAUAUCGUUCCUCGGCAUCUUUCUUUCGGGAUCGAUCAACGCGAAAUCAUAGCGAGGGUUCCAGGGUUAAUUAACUUCUCGUGGACGUGACUAUCAUCGAUCUUCGUUAUCGACCGGUUCGGCUUCCAAUUGGCCCGCUUCAACAGUUCGGGGUUUUUAUGCUAUUAUUGAUCGCUCGAUAGCUUUGAUUUUCACUCGUGUUUAAAAUCGAAGCGAGAAAACGUAAUUAUGGAUAAUUAAAUAUCGAGUCCCGGAAUAUCGUUCGAUAUUCGAACCAUCGGAGAAUAAUAUCGGAGACGGGUAGAAUUAAUAAUGAGGGAGGAGCGGUUUGCGGGCCGGAGAUGGAAGGAAGCGAGAACGUCUCGAAAGGAUAAUUCAUUUUUAUUGUAAAUUUAUUGUAAUUGUUCUCGAUUAGCGAUAUUUCGUUGUUAUCGGUAUAUAUGUGUGCGAUUGUGAUGUAACGAGAGCGGCGUGGCUUGAUUUCACAAUUGUGUAAUGCGUGAUUUAGCAGGUAGAUAUAUGUAUAUAUAUAUAUAUUAUUAAUUAUUUACGGACGAGAUAUUUAUUACCUUUUAUAUUUUCAAUUUGCUCACUGACACAACGAAGUCACGAGGUGUACGACCGACGAAUCCGACCUAUGCUCACUAUGGUGUUCUCGCGUUUAAUCGUAAAUUUAAAAAAUUUGAUCAACCAUUACAGGGUCCCUUGCGAAAAUCGUUCAGAAAACGAAGCGAAUCGCCUAGUUAAUACACAUAUUUUAACAUCGAUAUUAAAUUCUUUGCAUCCAUUUCGUUUGUUCAAACGGAUAGAUCUCGAUCGUCGGAUUACAAAACCUAAAGCGUCACGCGAUCGUUAAAUCGCAAGCGACAAUAAUAUUCGAAACCGAUAAAGACAAAGACACGGUGGAGCACGAUUAGUCGAUGGAAUCUAAAGUUCGAUCCAAGAUUCCGCGCGAUUAGAAAAGCAACUUUAUCAAUUAAGACGAGCUUCGAAACAGGAAAAUGUCGUUUCGCGUGAGUGAGCCAGGUUGAGGAGGAAUAGCGUCCUCGUUUCCGGCUCGCUUCCCCGACGAUACGAUUGUUUCGAAACGAUCGUUUCAACGAAUCCGUACUUUACACGUACCACUUUAUCGAGCGUAUUAAAGACGCCCAUCCAUCGUGGAUCGAAAAGUAACGCGGUUGCUGAGAAGCGAGGAAAAAGAAAUCUCGAUCGGCCGAUAAAUAAAAGAGGAAGAGAAGGGGACGGAGGCUUUAAAUGUUGAUCACGUUUCAUUGAAAUUGUCCGUCAUACGUCACGUUUAUCCGAUGCGUGCGUGCGAGUAUGUUGUGUGCGUGUUGUAUACGUGCGUGUAAAGAGAUGUACAAUGAUCGUCGUCGUGCAAGCUUAACGUCUCUCGACGAAACUCGGGUCGACGAGUUUUAAUCGUCGUCGAUUCUCAAAGCACGAUAUUUCGUGAGACCAAAAUUGCAGCGUAGGGAAACGAGCUCACCGAUACACAUAUAUACAUAUAAGGGAGUAAAUAUAUAAAUAUAAAUAUAAAUAUAUUUCUGUAAAUAAUGUGGACACGAAUUAUUACAAAUGGGAUUUACUAUAGAUAUCUGUAUAUUAUUGUUUCAUAAAAAAGAGAUUACAGAAA